AUGGAAGCCGCGACGAAGACGGUUCAGCAGCUCACCAAGCGCAUCCUGCCCGAGAAGCCUCAUCACCUAUCCUACUCUGCAGAUUGGCGAUACCAAAUCCCUGCCAACGAGUCCCGAACGAAGCAUAUUGAGGAAUGGGAUAACACUCGCCUACAAUAUUCGACCCUCGUGUCGGAAGCCGAUCGCGGCGUACUCCUUACAAGAUCUUAUUACGACAUGCGUGUCGAGCCCCCAAAGCCCGUCCCUCGGGAUGUGGGCAUUCUCGCAAAGGGCGGCGAGAAGAAGAAGCUAUCGCUGAGUGACUACAAGAACAAAAAGACUUCUGGUAUUACCUCAGACACCUCCACCCCAGAACCCCCCAGUGCCAAAAAGCGCGAGUUCGAGCGCGCAUCCGCAGAGCCAAAGUCUGUAUCCGAAAUUAGGAAACCCGAUUUGCAGCGUCAGAGGGACUAUCACCCUGAUGCUAAACCACAAAAAAACCCCAAACCUCCUGUUGUUGAUAUGAGACUUCCUCCCAAGCCACCUGUAUCCCUUCCACCUCGACCCGUUUCACCCGAUAGCAGGAAACGUGCAACUAAUGUUGAAGAUGAUUAUCGCUCACAAAAACGGCGACCUGAUGUACCUCGCCCAGCCGACGACCGAUCGCGACCGAUUCGGGACGAGCCCCCACGUCGAAAAGAUAGAGAUUCUUUGGCACCUUCCGAUAUCCCUUCGAGAGACAAACCGGCCAGCGCAUCAUCUCUUUCCAAUGGACGUAGUAUCCUGAAAAGCACUACAGUCUCUUCCGCACGGAACCCUUCCCCAGUUGGCCGCGCACGUGGUGAUUCAGUCAACGGCGUCAGGCCUGGCGCAUUAGGGAGCACAAAGGGUACACCGGCCAAGGCCGACCAUGCUUCACGAUCAUCUGUACCCCCGUUACUUUCACCUCUCCAUAUAAGCUGGGAUAACCAGAACUCAACAGACAAAGGCGAUAGGAGAAGGACACGCGAGGAUGACGCUCCGAGACCGAAGACCAAGAAGCUCGAACCACCGCCACCACUCAAGACAAAGAACGAUGUAGCCCGAGACAGGUCUCCACUCCGCCUACCUACGCUCCUGUCGCCUACAUUACCAAGUGCUCUGGAAGCCGAGCUGUCGCGAAGAAAGACCACAAUUACUGCGACGGAUCAUGGAGCACAUUAUGACCGGGACAGGGAUGAGCCCAUGGAAGAACGACACAAGUCAACAACAGCAAGAAAGGCACCAGUUGAGCACGAGGAAGAAGAGGAAGAAGAUUCCAGUCCAAGAGAAAGAAGGCGACUUGUUGUGACUUUGCGAAUAUCCAAGCGACUGCGGCAAACGUUCAAGCGCAUAUUGGCAUUGCCUCCAAAACGCAGAGAUCGUUCAGAGAGCACAGAAGCACCGCCAGCUAGCCAGGCGAAGAAACGCCCUGCGCCAACAGAGAACACUGGUGACACAAUAGCUGUUAAACGACCCCGGCUACCCUCAGUUUCCUCGAGUCUACCGCCACCACCCUCAACACCAUCUAAGAAAGGUGCUGCCAUGUCACGCGUUGGUUCUAAUAACUCACAGACCCAAACACCUGGUGAAGUAGCCAUAGUGACCCCUGUACCUACUGGCUCCUCAGAUCGCCCUACCACCAAUGGUACAUAUGUCACCCGGGACGAUAAGGCCGAUUCCCGAGCACUUCUUGAGAAACACACCCGAUUCUCCGACCUAGGUCGACGUCUGAAGCACGAGGGUGACGUCGCCAACCAGAGGUGCAAUAAGCUUGCAAACAGUGGUGAUACACGUGGCGGCGACUCAAGUCGCAAGCAAUUUUACGCACUUGCAGUGGAAAGCACCAUUGCUUUUAUGGCCAGUUUUUAUCUUCUCAAUGUCAGCCGCAACAUGCAACACAAGGCCUCCGAUCCAGGCUCCUGGGCUAGCUUGAUCAAGAUGGUCGAUUAUUUGCAGAAGGAAACACGCCGCGAUAUGAAGCGGCAUCAGCCUAUCUACGCCCUUGUCUUGAUCUUGCAGGCUGUUACUGCGGACGAAUUUCUCAAAGCAUUCUCAAGCUAUGAGCACAUCUCUAAGGAGGAUCUAUUUGCGCAUCAGGCGAUUCGUUAUCGCAACUGGCCCCUUGUUCGCGAAGUUUAUGAGGGUAUAAAUAGCUCACGUCUUCGUGCCGAUAUCAUGCCUUGGUCGACAGUUGAGGAAGUCUGCCAGGCUUCAAUGCGUGUUAUUCGUCAAUGGUGUCAGGACGAGAAUGUUGAGUGGUCACCCGAGUUUGACCCCAAAGAGGCAAGUAUUCGGGUUGCCCGGUAG